UUUCCCGCCACUUCUCUCUCACAGUGACAGAGUCAAGAGUUAGUAUCUGAAUUGAGGGAUCGAUCAGAGGCAGAAGUAAAAGAUGUUGUGGGUGGACAAGUACAGACCCAAAACCCUAGACCAGGUUAUGGUCCACGAAGACAUUGCCCAAAACCUCAAGAAGCUGGUCACUGAACAAGACUGCCCCCAUUUGCUCUUCUAUGGCCCCUCCGGUUCUGGCAAGAAAACCCUAAUCAUGGCCCUUCUUCGUCAGAUUUUCGGUUCCAGCGCUGAAAAGGUGAAGGUGGAAAAUCGGACAUGGAAAAUUUAUGCCGGAAGUAGAACUAUUGAACUGGAGCUUACUACAUUAUCAAGCACAAAUCACAUAGAGCUGAGUCCUAGUGAUGUAGGCUUCCAGGACAGAUAUGUUGUACAAGAGAUAAUCAAAGACAUGGCUAAAUCUCGUCCAAUUGACAUAAAAGGAAGAAAAGGUUAUAAAGUUCUAGUGCUCAAUGAGGUUGAUAAGCUUUCAAGAGAAGCACAAUAUUCUCUCCGUAGAACUAUGGAGAAGUACAGUGCCUCCUGCCGGCUGAUUCUGUGCUGCAACAGUUCUUCGAAGGUUACUGAAGCAAUUCGGUCUCGCUGUCUGAACGUGCGAAUAAAUUCACCUUCAGAGGAACAGAUUGUUAAGGUGUUGGAGUUCAUUGGGAAGAAAGAAGGGCUGCAACUUCCACCUGGAUUUGCUGCUCGUAUAGCAGAAAAAUCAAAUAGAAGUUUAAGGAGAGCUAUACUUUCAUUUGAGACUUGUCGAGUCCAACAGUAUCCUUUUACGAGUAAUCAAGCAAUACCCCCAAUGGACUGGGAGGAAUAUGUUUCUGAAAUAGCAUCUGAUAUAAUGAGGGAGCAGAGUCCUAAAAAGCUUUUUCAGAUUCGAGGGAAGUUGUAUGAACUGCUUAUUAACUGUAUUCCUCCAGAGAUUAUUUUGAAGAGGCUGCUUUAUGAAUUGUUAAAGAAAUUGGAUGAGGAAUUAAAGCAUGAGGUCUCCCAUUGGGCUGCAUAUUAUGAGCAUAGGAUGCGUCUUGGACAGAAAGCCAUUUUUCAUCUUGAAGCUUUUGUGGCCAAGUUCAUGAGCAUUUACAAGGCUUUCCUCAUUGAAACAUUUGGUUGAGGAAACGAGCAGCAUGUUAGUCGCGAUGUUUAAAUAUCUCGUUGAAGUUCUAUGAAGAACUCCCAGUGUUUUUGGUUUGUAAUCAGUUGUGCAAAAUUUUUAUUUAUUGUUUUGCAGCAUUUCUAAAUUAUAGCAUUGUAAUGAGAUUUAGAUCUUUUUCUUCGUCU